CAGCACAGAGACCACCUUGCGCGUCCCGAUGUCCAACAACCACGACAACGAGCCAGGUUCCAACCCACCACGAAACACCACCCCAUUCCCUCCAGGGCUUGAUACCUACUAUACUGGGCUUUCUCACCACAGGUGGAAACAGCAAGACCAAUUCGCCCACCAUGCGAUUCUCCGCGACGACCCUGUUGAUCACCGCGCUGGGGUGGAUCAGCGCCGUGACCGCACACAACAUUCAGCUCAAGGCUCACUCCCGAGAGUGCUUCCACGAGGUGCUGCACAAGGACGAUAAGAUGACGGUUACGUUUCAGGUCGGCGACCGGGAAUUCGGUGGCAGUGGCAACCUGGAGAUCGAUUUUUGGGUUGAGGACCCCCUGAACAACCGCCAGUACUACAAGCACGCCAUUUCGUCGGAGGACUACUCCUUCAACGCCCACGCGGAUGGAAAAUAUGUUUACUGCUUCAGCAACGAGGGUUGGUCUUCCAACUCCAAGGAGGUGUCUUUCAACGUCCAUGGCAUUGUGUACGUUCCGGAGCACGAAAUGGCGCAGGACCCUCUCGAGACCGAAGUUCGCAAACUGUCUGAGGCUCUGGCUCAAGUCAAGGAUGAGCAGUCGUACAUUGUCGUGAGAGAACGGGUACAUCGGAACACCGCCGAGAGCACCAAUGCCCGGGUGAAGUGGUGGAGUAUCUUCCAGCUCGCUGUGCUGAUCGGAGAGGGUAUCUUCCAGGUGUGGUGGCUGAAGAGAUUCUUCGAGGUCAAGCGUGUGGUUUAAUGCGAUGUAAUUACGAUCGGAAUCUUCGAAGGGUAUCUGUCAUAGCGAUUCCCAGCAGAAGCGCCGAGCUUCUGUCAUGUUAUUUCCAUAUUACCUUUCCAUCAAAAUAGAUCAUCUGGAUGACUCUGGAACUUUUGAGCUUUGUUAGAAAUGAGGGUACAUUUCUACUUGACCGCAACUCAAGCCUCGAU